AUGACUGAUACUCAGUAUGCACCUCUGACAGCCGCCCUGGUCAGAACACUCACCGACAAAUUGUACGAAAAGAGGAAGGCUGCUGCUCUGGACAUCGAAAAACAAGUGCGCGAGUUGCUGCAAGCAAAUCACUUGUCUCAGUUGGAGAAAUUAUUGUUGGUGCUCAGAGACCUCACAACGGCGCAGAAUGCACAUGCACGCAAAGGUGGCCUCAUUGGCCUUGCAGCUGCUGCAAUUGCGCUUGGAAAGAGUACAUCAGCGUACACGUCGCAUCUAAUCGAGCCUGUUCUAACAUGCUUCAAUGAUCCAGAUCCCAGAGUGCGGUAUUACGCUUGCGAGGUGUCACUGUAUAAUAUUGUGAAAAUCUGUCGCUCCUCGGCACUCUCUCACUUCAAUGAGCUUUUCGACACUCUUUGGAGGCUGUCCGCAGAUACAGACUUAAACGUACGCAGUGGAGCCGAACUUCUGGAUCGUUUAUUGAAGGAUAUUGUUUUGGCGACGAGAACAUUCGAAUUUUCAGUUUUGAUGUCAUUAGUGCGAGACCGAAUAUACGCUCAAAAUAGCUCUAAUCGGAAAUUUGUCGUUUCCUGGCUCUCAGCUCUUUUGACGGCUCCUGAAGUAUCCGUUUUAACAUAUCUGCCGGAAGUGCUGGAUGGUCUCUUCCAAAUGCUCGACGACGGUCAGCCAGGUGUUCGAGACGCUACCGAAACAGUUCUGGGGCAGUUCCUUGAAAGAAUGGGCCAACAAAAAGGAGGCGAUGUGGUAAGGAGUGCCAGUGAUUCGUAGAU